CAGAUUAAUUCGUGAUCGGAGUGAAGCAGAGAGGGCUGAGGGUGGAGUUUGAGGGGCUAUGCGGCUGUGGGCGGCAGCGGAAACAGGAAGACGGCGGCGGCACCAUCGGCGGUGCUGCUGGUGAGAGAGGGAGCCGCUGUGGCGCGGUUUUAAUGCGGCGGUGAGGAGUAGUUAAUAGCGUUACGGAGAACAGCGAGGAGAUAAAAGCUACCAGUUUAACGGAGAACGAUGCCGUCUUCAUGUUCACAGCGUCGCCUGUUUAUUGAGCAGCUGGUCUGUUGAUGCGGAGCGGGUGGGUAUAGCUGGGUUAGGGUAACUUAACGGUCUCCUCUCGCUAGUCGCUCGCAGCUAAUUUGGACAUCUCCCAGCCGACACGGUCAGCUGUGUUUAAACUGCGAUUCUGCUGCCGGGAAACCGGGAUUUCUUUCUCCCCGUUCUUCUCCGUGUCUCUCCGCACACUCUCACACACGUUUAAAAAGAUCUGCGGGGACGUCUGAUAACACACACACAGGCGAAUUUUCCCGGGAUUAGAGGAUAGGAGAGGUGAACUCCGCUGGCUGGAGAAUGACAGGCAAAUCUGUGAAAGAUGUUGACCGCUAUCAGGCUGUCCUCACCUCCCUGCUCGCCCUGGAGGAGAACAAGUUCUGUGCCGACUGCCGAGCUAAAGGUCCCAGAUGGGCAUCAUGGAAUUUGGGAAUCUUCAUCUGUAUCCGAUGUGCAGGAAUCCACCGGAAUCUUGGUGUACACAUAUCCCGUGUCAAAUCUGUCAACCUGGACCAGUGGACUCAGGAGCAGAUUCAGUGUGUGCAGGAAAUGGGGAAUGCCAAGGCACGCCGUCUGUACGAGGCCUUUUUACCUGAGUGCUUCCAGCGUCCAGAGACAGACCAAUCUGCUGAGUUGUUCAUCCGGGACAAGUAUGAAAAGAAGAAGUACAUCGACAAAUGCAUUGAUAUUCAAGCUUUUAGAAAAGAGAAGAGUGAGGCAGUAACAAAAGAGGCGCCUGUUGUUUUUGAGAAGAUGAAACUGAAGAGGGAGGAGCCUCUUCAACAGUUCAGGAACACUCCAAAGAAACAGUCCCAAUCAGUAAAUGAUCUUUUAGGAUUAGAUGCUCCUCCAGUGCCUGUGGCAAAUGGAAAGGCCAGUCCAGAGCAGAGCCCUGCUUUGGAUCUGUUCAGUUCCUUGCCUGCUGCCAACUCAAGCUCGGCCAAGAGCACACCUGGCUCCGGAUCCAUUUCGAGUUCCAUGCCCAAAGGCCGGGUAGCAGCUUCAGUACCAGAAAACCUCAGCCUCUUCCUGGACCCACCUGCCAAAAGUGAGGAAAGCAGCAAGAAAAUGUCCAAAGACUCCAUCCUGUCCCUUUACAGCAGUGUUACACCUCAGACUAACAUGGCUGCUCAUGCUGGCAUGUACAUGGGAGCAACUCAGAUGAGCUAUGCCCCUGCUGCUGGAUACGGGCAAUACCAGCCUCUGCCUACCCAGCAAGGCAUGAUGGGAACCAUGAUGGCCCCGCAGAUGAACAUGAUGGGGCAGCCAGGCGUAAUGGCACAGCCAGCAGUGGCUGCCCCAAAUCCGUACAUGGCAGGAGUGCAGGGAGGCAUGAUGGGAGUUCAGAAUGGUGUGAUGGGGGGUGUGGGGACACUGCCUCAGCAGCCAUACACUGUGCAGCAAGCCCAGCAACUACAGUGGAACCUUGCACAGAUGACUCACCACAUGGCGGGCAUGAACUUCUACGGUGCCAACAGCAUGAUGGGAUACGGGCAGCCCAUGGGAGGGGCAUCGACUCCCAACACCAAUCAGAUGCUCGGCUCACAAGUAUGGAAGUGAGGGUGUUAGGAAGUUAAUUCUGAAGUUAGGAUGGGUGGGCUCGGGGGCACCGCAAUAACCUGUGUAAUAGAAUGGAGGGAAGUUUGCACACACUCUUCUUCAUCAAACAUUCAGAGACGCAUGUCCACGGUGAAGAGGGAAUGCUGUUUUAGACCAUUUAAGAGGAAGAGUCUCUACCUCCCCCAUUUUUUACAUGCAUUUUUCUUGAUUGAUGUCGGCCCAAACGUGAUGAGACCAGGUAUCUUGCCUCUCAGAUUCUGUUGCCUUUCCAACAUGGUAAUAGGGUCCUUGUUGCUUUCUAGCAGUUUCACCUUACCCACAGCAUCAGUUUCAGUUCCUCUGACUUGCAUUAUCUACUUUCAAUAUCUUUCAGUUGCAUGUGGGUGAAAAGAGGAAACUCAGAAGAUGGGUUGUGUAUGCCCUCUCAGUUAAGCGUUGAUGCUGAAUGUGUAUAUUUCUUUACGUCUGAGUCGCCAUUUAUAUGUCGCCUUUUUGGUGUAGCACUUUACGCAGUGGUACACGCUUGUAAUCACCCGUAAACAUUGCAUGCAGUUGUAACAGUUAAAAGGAGGAGGUGCGUAUGAUGAUUAUAUAGAGUUUCUACUUUAAAUAAUGUGUUGCUGUCCGAGUCUGAGCGUUCCUCUGUUGGCUGUUCUUGCUGUGGGUGUUUGAAGCCUAUAAUAUCAUGGAUCGGUACAGCUGUGGAGCUGUAGUGGGUCUGCAUUCUGCUUUAGAUCCUUCACAGGUGAGGGAUCUCAGAUCCCACCAUCACUGUUAGCUCAAAUGAGAGAAAUCUGUGUGUUAGCCAAAGAUUUACAGAUGUUUUUGCAAAAACUAGAAAAUUUGAUUUAGGGAUGCACCGAAAAU